GUAGACAUCUGAAUUCACGUAUGUCUACAAUUGGAUUGGUUGUCAAAAGGACGGGGCAGCAAAGCAGGUAGAGUGCGCUGCUCCGUGGCGCUCCGUGGCGCUUGCGUCGGUAGCUGUUGUUCUACUGUAUCAAUCAAUCAAUCAGCGUGUGACAGAAGAGCGCCUUCGAAUAUUGCUACCCUGUAAAUUUGAAGAAGUGUCGUGAUUUAGCUUUUGCUAUUGAAAAGAACUUGAGCAUAUAGUGUAGAGAAAGAUAUUCUCUAAAAAAGAAGUUCAAUGUAUAUAUUGUUGAUAGAGUGUGCCCGUACUACUAGUGAUGAUUAAACUUUUUGGCAACUUUCACUUACUGAAAACUGCGCCGCAUGCCUUCGCUAUCGUUUUUAUCAUUUCACGGCUUCACCAGUUCGAAUUUCGUCUAGAAAGAGACAUUUCGUGUGUGAUAGAACCACGGUCUCCUCGGCAGCACCACUAAUUGGUGCCUGUGAAGCACCAAUUACUCCAUCAGAACAUCAGUUGCAUUGGAAGGAUGUUGGACCUUGCGAGCCUCUUCUGGGCGAUUAUCUGUUUCGUUCUGCUCGUUCUUAUCGUGCUUUCGGCUCUACUAUAUUCAACAUCUUCGCGGUAUCCGGAUAUUAUCCGCUAUGAUGAGGAAAUGUUUUUCAAAAGUGGGGAAAACCUUCUGACAAAGAAAGCCUUCCCAAAGCUCUCGGAUGCACCGACCGUAAAGCUGUCCGUGAUUGUUCCAGCAUACAACGAAGAGCUGCGACUUCCACCGAUGUUAGACGAAUGUACACAAUAUCUGGAGGCUCGACGAAAUCAGGAAAAAGACUUCACUUACGAGAUAAUUGUAGUAGAUGACGGCAGUCACGACCGAACGACGCAAGUGGCAUUAGAGUACGCGGCGCAGCUGAGUGCACAGCGUUUCCGCGUGCUUACGUUGGUAAAAAACCGUGGCAAAGGAGGAGCAGUCAGACUGGGAAUGCUGAGUGCGCGGGGUGAGUUGCUCCUUUUCGCAGAUGCGGACGGUGCAACGAUGUUUGAAGAUUAUGAAAAACUAGAGGAAGUAAUGGUUGCUUCGCGGUGUAAGACUGCAUAUUCAAUUGUUGUCGGGUCCCGGGCUCACCUUGAAGAAAAAUCGGUUGCAGAACGGACGCUGUUUCGUACAGUUCUAAUGUACGGAUUCCACGCUUUGGUGAUGUUGUUUGCGGUUCGAGGAAUCCGCGACACGCAGUGCGGUUUCAAACUCUUUAGCCGUGAGGCUGCUCGUGUCAUCUUCACCUCCCUUCACGUACAGCGCUGGGCCUUUGACGUAGAAAUGCUGUUUAUCGCUCAACGACUCAAAUUCGCUAUCAGUGAGGUGGCAGUUCGGUGGACCGAGAUUGAAGGUUCGAAAGUGACGCCAUUCUGGAGCUGGGUCGAAAUGGGAAUUGAUCUGGUGCUAAUCUGGUAUCGUUAUCUGAUCGGCGCGUGGGCUAUUCGGGCGGCAGUUCCGAUUAGGCACAGCGAAGAAGCCCGUAAAACCCGAUGAUUUGACCGUAGUAAUAGACUAGUCGGCCCGUGGACAGUGAAAUCAGAGAUCUCUCUGAAAUGGCCUAAAUGAAUAAUUUAUAUAUCUCGCCUUGUGCGCUUUUACAAGCUACGAUUAGCCUUCGUCGUAAUUUUUUACUGACCUGCUAGCUAACGUAACAUCGUUGAUUCAGCAGUGCGAAGGAAGCAAGAUGUUUCCAAAAAAUUGCAGGCUAUAUAUACAUUUUGAUAAAUGUGUUAAACUUUUGAUGCCAGAAACUCAACACAUUGGGAAAUGUGUUAAGUUUCUGGCAUAUAUUACUGAGAUGCAUUUCAUCCGACUACACGAAGCGUUCUUUUAUUCUAUUCAGUUUUUUCUGAUUAGGCAACUUAAAAAUUACGUUGUUACAAAUCAUCGAGGAAGUGGCCAAUGUCACAUUAAUUCUGAAAACUAAGUUUUGAGCCUAACUGGAAUGAAAAAAAGAUGUCAGGAACGGAAAAAUUCGUCCAGUCUAUUCCGCUUUCGUUUCAUCGCAAAUUCAAGCAUACGUAUAUAAAAAUUUACGGGAAUUCUGUGGGAAACAAUUAGCAGAAUUGUUCUGCUAUUUCGCAUGUUCGCAUCCACGAUCUUUCAACUUUUUUCCGUGAAAACACUUCUAUUUAACUGAAAUCGUUGACACUUCAGCAGCCAGUGCCAGAGAUUUAUUACCAUACUAAAACUCUGCAUACUCUGCUGUAAAAAGUUAACAUAGCGGCAAUAGAACCGUCAAGCCCUAUUGCUGUUAUGUUAACUUGUACGAAGGUGUUCAUCUGGUCAAAGCGAAUAUCUGAAGAGACAACGGAUUUUCGCAAAAACAUGACAAAUAGUUUUUCUUUUGCACAUACUACUAAGUCAAUGUAAGGCCUUUUGCAACUUUCUCGUAAGUUACGAUCGAUUUGCUAAAAACUUAACUUGCCUACAUUUGCAAAGUAUUCAGUGCAACGGUGAAUUGGUAUGCAACAGACAAAGCAGUUUGUAACCAAGAAAGUUAUGGCAAAUUUUUCAUACAUUAAUGGCCUCACUGAUAGAACUGUUGCGGUUUACUAUACAUCACCUCAGUUUUACAAGUAGUAUAGCUUGGUCCUGAAUAUUUUGCACCUAUGAAUUAACCUUUGCUUUAAACAAUUUCCUAAAGAUGCUGCACCGACUCAAGAGAGAUCUCGUAACGUGUGCAAAAGAAAUACGGUGAACUCGAUGCAUUGUAAAUAGUACUGAAUUUUGCAAUAACUCGGUUACUGAGUACAAUCGAGAAAACCAGGUAUUUUGAAGUGUUAUAUAUAACUAAUAAUCUAUUUCUAGGAUAUGUAUGAGUACGCUUGUUUUAUAACGGGAUAAAUAAAAGAUUAAUCAUGUACCGUU